AUGACUGCCUCUAAUUUCCUUUACAAAGCAAGUUGGUUUAAACUUGGCCAACAAAAGUUAUCAAAGUCAACAGGUUCAUUAAACACAAUUUCUACUUUACCUGUGCCGGGGAUCCGGUCCUAUCACAAAGUCACGCUAAUAGCAGCCGUAUUCCUUAUUUAUUUCCACCGUUGGAUAAUUUUUUACCGUUGCCGCAAACCCAGUUCAAGUGUUGUUGCUGUGACAGAACUACUGAAAACAAUAAACAUAAGCCAUCAAUGCUGUCAUUCUCUAUUCCUCACCACCCAAAACAGAAACAAAAACAAAAUGGGCUCUAACUAG